AUGGAGACGCCGCCUAUUCACGUUCUCCUCGCGCUUGACGCCCAGAUUCUCGGAGGCAAGGUGGGCUAUGGCACUUCAACUCCUUCAAGCCCGGUGGUGAGCCUCACUGGUCACGACGACGACGAUGAAGACUGGUCGCCGGAAUCUCCGGCGUUGGGCCGCGAUGGACCAGCGACUGUCGCGGACGAAGGCGAAGGUACAACGCGGACGACGACGUCGCGCUUCUGGGGCGUGUAUUGGCAUGAGGAAACCAAGAAAUGGCGGGCGCAAUAUAGAGACGCGGCCGACAAGAAGCGCACCAUCGGCUGCUUCAACGACGAGGAGGAGGCCGCCCGCGCGGUUAAUAAAGCGAUCCGCGACGCCGGCCUCGAAGGUAGGCGCCGCAUGAACGCGGCCGACGCGACGGGCGCGUUAGUGCCGAAAGCGCCUGGCUCGCACAACCGGCGAGACGACUCCGCCGUCGUCGCUCCGGACCCGGCGCGUGCGCCGUCGGCGACAUCGUCCAAGUUCUGGGGCGUGUCGUGGAACAAGGAAUCGCGACGAUGGGAGGCGGGCUACCGCGACGCGAACGGCAAGAAGCGCAACCUCGGCUACUUCGACACCCAGGAGGACGCGGCGCACGCCGUCAACGCGGCGAUCCGGCGCGCGGGCCUCGAAGGGAAGCGCCGGACGAACCCGGUCGUUGACGGGCAGCUGGUGCCCCGUGCGCGCAAGGCGAGCGGCCACGGGAAGCAAUCCGUGCGCAAACGCCGCCGCGCCGAAGCCGCCGCUACGCCAUCGACGCGCCCCGCCUCGACUAAGGAAUCAUAG